CACCAAUUAUUUAUUUUGCGCCGACCUGAUAAAUACGGCAUUUCUACUUGCACAACAUGGAAUAAUCUUAGUUAUUACAUCAUGGCUGCAAUUCUAAUACCAUCCGAACCUCCGAAUACCUCCACAAUUAAUUCUAUCCCAUACACGCGGCUACAUAUUACACCUUUGGACGAAUCGCUACUCGGCGUGGUUGUCCCCUCCUCUGUCUUACCUCGAGCACGAAAUAUUUCAUACCAUACCAUAGAAACAUUCCCCGAAAAGCGAUACGGUUUCGUUGAGCUUCCUACCGCGGACGCUGAUAAGCUAAAAACGAAGCUCAACGGAGCUGUAUUAAGAGGAGCCAAGAUGCGCAUCGAGAAGGCUAGACCGGAAUCCAUUCCGGAACCCAGAGGCGAUGCGGAUGCCACAGAAACUAGGAAAGAGAAGAAGAAAUCAAAGAAGAGGAAGCGCGAGAUUGAUGUCACGCCUGGUGUUGAACUCGAGGGUCGCAAGGUCAAGCGCGGAUGGACAACAUCGGAACGCGAGAUGAUUGAUGAGAAACGAAAGAAGUCCAAGAAGGAUAAGAAAUCGAAAGAUAAAGAUGCAAAGAAGAAGAAAAAGGAGAAAAAGAGGGAAGUAAAAUCAAAGUAUACGGAUGGUCCUGAAUGUUUAUUCAAGACUAAGCUCCCUGAUGUUGGCUCAUCAUCGAAAGACAAUGAGGAGGCCACAGAACACAAGAAAAAGAAGCGAAAGAGUGAUCGCGAGGUGGUUGUACAUGAGUUUGAGAAAACGACGAAGCACCCCUCGUUUCUUAAAGCGAAUGUUGAGAAGGUCAACUCGGGAGCUACAACUUAUGAGGAUGGUGUUGGUUGGGUGGAUGAGAAUGGAACUAUUGUCGAACCCAUAGUCAGCAAGCGACCGCGUAACGUCACUUCGAAACUGACCAAGACGACUAAGACGAAGUCAAAAGUAGCCGAGCCUGCACCCCCAGCAGAGGAAGACGACGAUACAAGCAGUAGUGGUUCUUCGUCCGAAGAUUCAGAAGAUGAUAGCGUUUCUGACGGGAAUGCUGACAGUUCGGAUGAAGAAGAGACGAAAAUGAAACCACCCCCCAAAGAACUCAAGCUAGAAACCCAAGUAUUAACAAGUCCUGUGUCAAUCAUGAAGCCAGACUCCGCAAGACCGAAAUCAUCCAGUUCAAUCACCAGUCUCACUAUCAAGAUACCACCCGUUACACCUUCUGCGACAAAAGUGCACCCUCUUGAAGCAUUAUAUAAGAAACCUAAAGGAGACACAAGUACGCCCGGCGGAACUACGAAAGAAGCUGAACCGUUUAGUUUCUUCGACGAAGAGGAUGAUGAUAUCGAGGAAGAUGACAAUACUACUAUGGGACCACCAAGCCAACCUCCCAUGACUCCUUUCACUAAGCAGGACUUCGAGUUUAGGAACUUACGUAGUGCUGCCCCGACGCCGGAUACGGCACAUCCCGGUCGGACUUUCAAUCUCUGGCCUAGACAUGGUUCGGCAGAUGAUAGAACGGAUGGUGAAGAUGACGAUGACGAAGAAGAGAACGGGAAUGAUGGAGAUACCACUAUGACUGGUACUAAUAACGAGGUGGUAACCGAUGGCGAUAAGCAAACUCCUAUCAGUGAUUUCCAGAAGCAAUUCUGGGAAAGCCGAGGCGAUUUAAAUCGUUCGUGGAGGAAACGAAGAAAGGCUGCUUCGAAGGAGAAACGAUAUAGGGAAAACCGUUCUCGCGCAGAACGAGCUAUUUAGAAUCAAGCAAUUCUCAACAAGUCACAACAUUUGUUCAGUGCACUAAUUAGCUACCUGGGUACUGAGGCAUUUAAG